AUGAGUACGGGCGAUUUUCUGACGAAAGGAAUUGGGUUGAUCCAAAAGGCUAUUGAUCUAGACACAGCGACCCAGUAUGAGGAGGCAUACACCGCAUAUUACAAUGGGCUGGACUACCUUAUGCUAGCUCUGAAAUACGAGAAAAACCCCAAGUCUAAGGACCUCAUUAGAACUAAAUUCACUGAAUACCUCAACCGCGCUGAGCAACUUAAGGAACACCUGGAGGCAAAAGAGGAUACACAAAAGAGCAAGAAAGACUCCCCGGCAAAAAAGACCAGUGCAAACUCCAAUGAUGACGACGCCGACGACAAGAAGCUGAGAGGUGCUCUUUCGGGCGCAAUUCUGACCGAAAAGCCUAACGUUCGGUGGGAAGAUAUUGCUGGGCUCGAAGGAGCUAAAGCUGCUUUGAAAGAAGCUGUGAUUCUUCCUGUUAAGUUCCCUCACUUGUUCACAGGAAACCGUAAACCCACGUCCGGUAUUUUACUUUUCGGUCCCCCCGGAACCGGUAAGUCGUACUUGGCUAAAGCAGUUGCAACAGAGGCCAACUCUACGUUUUUCAGCAUAAGUUCUAGUGAUUUAGUGUCGAAGUGGAUGGGUGAGUCUGAGAGACUGGUAAAGCAGCUUUUUGCAAUGGCUAGGGAAAACAAGCCCUCCAUCAUUUUCAUAGACGAAGUGGACGCGCUGACUGGCCAGCGAGGCGAGGGCGAAAGCGAAGCUAGCAGAAGAAUCAAGACCGAGCUCCUAGUACAAAUGAACGGUGUCGGAAACGACUCUCAAGGCGUUCUCGUGCUUGGCGCUACCAACAUCCCAUGGCAGCUUGAUAGCGCCAUCAGGAGAAGAUUUGAGAAAAGAAUAUAUAUUUCGCUGCCAGACUUAGCCGCUCGCACCAGGAUGUUCGAACUCAACAUUGGCGAAACUCCCUGCAGCCUUACCAAGGAGGAUUACAGGACGCUGGCGCAGCUCACAGAAGGUUACUCUGGUAGCGAUAUAGCAGUUGUGGUCAAAGACGCGUUAAUGCAGCCUAUUCGUAAGAUUCAAAACGCCACUCACUUCAAAAAUGUGUCUGAGGAUCCCGAGCAUCGCAAACUGACCCCUUGCUCCCCAGGAGACAAGGACGCUAUCGAGAUGAGCUGGGUUGACAUCGAAGCGGAUGAGCUACAGGAGCCAGAGCUCAACAUCAAAGACUUCCUCAAAGCCAUCAAGACAACAAGACCCACUGUCAACGAGGAAGAUCUGCGGAAACAGAUCGAGUUCACUCGAGACUUCGGCCAGGAAGGCGAUUGA